AGGAGGCGGGGAAAGAAGGAACCUGGGAGGCAGGCUGAGCAUUGUGCGCGUCUCUCGCCGGAGCCAUUCGACGGAGAGGGAGCUCGGCUGGCGGCACAAGAGAAAGCCUGGCGGGGAGCGUGGUGGGCUUGGCCCCGUCGAAGGAUUAGCGCCGGCCUUGCAGCUCACGGGCUCCGGGGAACUUGCCCGGCGAAGGUGAAAGAGGGGAGCCGGGUCUGCUCCUGGCGGGGACGGGCAGAGCGAGGCUCGACGGGGCUCUCCGGCGCCGCUUGCAACACCUGGAGGACUCGAACUCGCCCCCCCCGCCCCUAGCGCCGCCCGGCUGAGGAUGCGAGGCUCCCGCCCCGCCGGCUGCCUCGCUCCCGCCCCGCGGCCCGCCGCGGCCCCUCGCCCCGGCCCGCCGUGCCAGCUGCUGGGCUGGGCGGGGGGUUGCUGAGCUCUUUGCAUGGGGCCGCUGCCGGGCUCGCUCUGUCUGUCUGUCUGCUGCUGCUGCCGGCGGCGGCGGCGGCGGCGGAGAAGAAGAAGGAGGAGAUGCCCAGGCAGGAGCUGCCUUUGCCCGAGGGCUGGGAGGAAGCUCGCGACUACGACGGCAAAGUCUACUACAUCGACCACGCCACCAAGACCACCAGCUGGGUGGACCCGCGGGACAGAAACUACCCAGAUAGAGGAUCCUCGAGUGCAAUGGCGGCGGGAGCAGGAGCACAUGCUGAAGGACUACCUUGUACUGGCACAAGAAGCACUGACUGCUCAGAAGGAGAUCUACCAGGUCAAGCAACAAAGGCUUGAACUAGCACAGCAAGAAUACCAACAACUUCAUGAUGUCUGGGAGCACAAACUGGGGUCGCAGACUAGUUUAGUUUCCAGUUCCUCAUCUAGCUCAAAAUAUGAUCCAGAAAUUCUUAAAGCGGAAAUUGCUACCACAAAAUCUAGGGUUAAUAAACUGAAGAGAGAAGUUGCCCACAUGAGACAGGAACUACAGUAUAAGGAAAUUGGUUUCCAAACGUUGAAGAAAAUUGAUAUGAAAAUGGCUGAUACCCAAGGUGGAUAUAAACUUGAUGAGGCACAAGCUAUCUUAAGUGAAAUGAAAGCUAUUAAGAAGGCCAUCACUUCAGGAGAGAAAGAAAAACAAGAUCUCAUUAUGAACCUUGCCAGAUUGACAGCUAAUUUUGUGACAGACAGAGGAUCACAUUCAAACUUGUGGGCCAGCAAUAUAUCCUUGGAAGACUCCAGUUUCCCGUUGUCUAAGCAGUAUCUCGAUGCUGGUUCCCAAACUGAUGUUUCUGGAAAUUUUAUUGUGAACACGAAUAAUCAAUUGGCUGAGAAGGUGAGACUGCGCCUCCAAUAUGAAGAUGCUAAGCGAAAAAUAGCAAAUUUGAAAAUACAGUUGGCUAAAUUGGAUAGUGAGGCCUGGCCUGGUGUGCUGGAUUCUGAACGAGACCGAUUAAUGUUAAUCAAUGAGAAGGAGGAACUUCUAAAGGAAAUGAGGUUCAUUAGCCCUAGGAAGUGGACUCAGGGUGAAGUGGAAAGACUGGAGAUGGAAAGAAAACGUCUAGAAGAAGAUCUUCAGACUGCAAGAGAUACGCAAAGCAAAGCUUUAACAGAAAGAUUGAAAUUAAAUAGUAAAAGAAACCAGUUGGUCCGAGAACUAGAGGAAACAACGCGAUUAAUGGCAAUGUUGCACAUCCAGCUGAAAAACCUGUCAUCUAGCAUGCUUUCCCUGUCUUCUGGCAGCAGUCCCGGCUCUCUUGCAUCCAGCAGGGGAUCUCUGGUCACCUCAAGCCAGGAUUCUUCAACCUCCGCCAGCUUUACUGAUCUGUACAAUGAACAGUUUGAGCAGCUGGACUCUGACUACCAGAGCAAAAUGGACAUGUUGCUUCUGGAGAAAGCCACUGGUUUUCGGCCUUCAGGCUGCAUCACUACUAUCCAUGAGAAUGAGGUGGUGAAAACUCAGAAAACUGAUGUUGCUAACCGUUUUCAGGCCCUGAGAUCCUUAUCUGGGACACCAAAAUCAUUGACUUCUUUGUCUCCAAGGUCAUCUCUCUCUUCUCCCUCUCCACCUUGUUCACCACUAGUGAUGGACCCAUUCUUCACAGCCGAUACCUUCACGGGUCAAAUGGAUUUUGAAGAUACUGAAAUAAACAGUGGUCUUUCUGAACUUAGUCUAAACACUGCAAGUGGCAGGAAGUACAGAGUGGAAGAAUCUAAGACUGGUGUCAAACAUCUAGACCAAGGUGUAAGUAUGGUUGAAGGAGCUGCGCUGAAGACAGCCUGUGUAUCAGCUGCAGUGUCAGAUGAGUCUGUGGCUGGAGACAGUGGAGUGUACGAAGCAUCUGUGCAAAGGCCUUGUGUGCCAGAAGCUGUUGUGUUUGACAAUGAAGAUGCAACUAAGACUGCUAAAGUUCAAAUUUCAAUGAAGUAUGAUGAGAAAAAUAAGCAGUUUGCAAUAUUAGUUGCCCAGAUGAAUAAUGUGCCUGUUCUCCUGCCACAGCAAGACCAGAAAGUGAGUGUUCGUUUGGCUAUUCUUCCUUCUUCUGAAAGCACAAGCUGUUUGUUCCGCACAAGCCUAAUGGAAGCAUCAGACAAUCUAAUUUACAAUGAAUUAUUUUGUGUUGCAAUCCCUUACUCUGUAUUACGACAGAAGACAUUAAGGAUUGAUGUCUGCGCUUUGAAUAAGUACCACCUUGAAGAAUGCUUGGGAGGUGCACAAAUUAGCCUCGCUGAGACGUGCAAAUCUGGAGAGAGGUCAACGCGUUGGUAUAACCUCCUUAGCUAUAAAUACCUGCAGGCGCAAAGUAAAAAUAAGCAAGAUGAUGUCUGUUCCAAACUACCCUGCACUGAAAAAAUGGACUCUGUAUCUGCACUGCUGGAACAGACUGCUGUUGAACUCGAAGCUGUAGAGAAAAAGCUAGAAGAAAGCAGGAGCACUUUACUUACUAGUGAGAACUGGCAAGAUGAAGAAGAUGCUGAGCAAGAUGGCAACAGUGAAAAUGAAGAAGAAGGAGGAGGAGGAGGGUUUUAUAGUGGAAGGGCAAUAUGGGAAACAGAAGAGACCACAUCCUUGUCACCGGCUGAGUCAGCAGCCAUCAAGGUGGAUAAAGAGACCAACACAGAGAGCCUUGCACAAUCUUCUGCAGUAGUUCGUCCAAAAGAUAAAAGAACUUCUAACCCUCUACGAACUCCUUUUGUUAGAGGCAGCACUAUUAUCCGUUCCAAAACCUUUUCUCCAGGACCACAGAGCCAGUAUGUGUGUCGGCUUAAUCGUAGUGAUAGUGAUAGUUCAACACUAUCCAAGAAACCACCCUUUGUUCGAAAUGCUGUGGAGAGGCGAAGUGUCAGGAUGAAAAGGUCUUCUGUUAGGUCCACUGGAGGUGAGCGUCUAAUCCGUACCUCACUGGAUCUGGAAUUGGACUUGCAGGCUUCAAAGACCUGGCACAACCAGCUGGUUCAAGAGAUCUCUGUCCUCAAGCAACUGAAGGAACAGCUAGAGCAAGCUCAAAGUCAGGGGGAAAAGGAACUACCCCGGUGCAUAGACAAAGAUGAACAAUUUCAGAUGUUGAUGAGACUAGUAGAGAAACAGGUGGAAAAAGUCGAAUGUAAGUGCGAGCUCAAAGCUAAUAAAAUGAUGAGAGCAGCUGCUAAAGAUGUGCAUAGGCUACGAGGCCAGAGUCGAAAGGAGCCUUUAGAGGUGCAGUCAUUCAGAGAGAAAAUGGCAUUUUUCACACGGCCGAGGAUAAACAUUCCUGCUCUCUCUGUGGAUGAUGUUUAAUGUCUAUUUAAGUAUUUCUUUUCAAACCACUUCAGAAAAGUAUAAUUUUUGUUUCACUGAAGUUUAUUUAUGUGGUAUUACAAAGGUACCAAGUCAUUUGUAUGUUGCAGCUCCAUGUCCAGAUUUUUAGCUUUCUCCUUGUCAUUGCAAACCCCACCAUUAAAAUGACUUGAUUAUAUAGUUUGUAUAUUUAGCAAUGUAUUUUUGGGAAAGAUUUUUUAAAUACGAACAAAUUCAGCUCAACAUUUUUGUUUUAAUAAAUUCCAUUUAGAUGUUUUGUACAGCUCUACUUUUUUUAAAAGAGGUUUUACCACAAUAAAUUUGAAUCUGAGACAGCAAGAAUUCUUUGAUUCUUAAAUAUAUCCCAGUUCUUAUACAGCUAGCUUUUGCUAAUUUAAAUAUUUUUGUACCCAACAGAAGAGGAAAUAAGUUUUUUUUAAAAGAGCUGUAAAUGAGUGCUCUGUGAGCUAUGAAACACUUCAAUUUCUUUCCAAGUCAUAAAAAUGGGUGUGGAGUUCAAGAUAUCUACUGCACUUUAAUUUGGAGGUUGUUACUUCAGCUCAUUAUGUACUUGACCUAUAAAAAGUUCCAAAGCUCAGUGAACCCAUUUCUGUAUAGGGAGAGAGCUACAUGGAACAUAUGCCCCUGUGAGACUUUCUGAUGGCUCAGUGUUUUACUGAACAAAGAAAAUAGAAUCAUGACCAACUAGCAGUCAAAAAUAAUUCCAUCUUUUAAGGAAAAUGACACUUGGUUUUUCAUUUUAUUUUCUAUUUCAAGUUGGUUUAAGCAAGCAAAGAAAUGCUCAUGGAAUCCUAACACCUGAUAAAGAGCUUUUACAAACAAGUAUUUUGACCAAAAUUUUCUAUUAAAUUCUAAGCAGUCUUUUGUGGUUUUUUUAAAUCUAAUCUCCCUUAUUUUAUUGAUUGGAAUAACUGAUUUGGAGUGGGUUGCCUCUUGCUACUUUUGAAAACAGCUACUAAACAAAAUACAAUGAAGCCUUGUCUAGAAAUACUGUAACCAUGUCUAAAAGCCAUAGUUUACCAUAUUGUUGUUAGUAUUUGUGUAUAUAUUUUUCCCAGCUUGUUCACCUUGGUUGGUAAUGUGUUUAUCUUGACUUGCGUGCACACACAAGCAUUCUCUUGCUUACACUCUCACCUUUGCCUGUGUGUACACACACACACACACACACACACGGGGGGGGGCAUAUAUGCACGUAUGCACAGACUAUUCAGGCAGUAUAUUCUGGAGAAAGCUUUCAGCCUAGUGUGAGUCCUAUAUCCAGGCCUUAUUCUGCUCCCUGUCACUGUGAGGUGUGGGAACAAAUUGUGGUACGUAUACUGUUUUUGAACAUUAGUAUAUUGAUGAACACUCAACUUUCAAAAAUCACAGACAUAAAUUCUUUCAGGAUACCGUGUGUGAAUAAACGAGAAGGAGGUGUGUGUGAGAGCUUUAAACUCAAACCAUGUUGAAUUAUUUGGAAUGUGAUACCUGAACAGGUUCACACACUUUCUCCAUCCUCCACCAGCACUACUCCCCCUCCCAUUUCUCUACCUGUUGCCAACACGAGAAUGAGAACAAUGGGGAUAGGAAUACAAAGGCCUUAAAGGUCCACAAGCCAAGAUGCGCCUUCAUGAGUAAAGUUGAUGAGUGGUUUAAAACUGGAAGUCUCUUAAGAUGUACAUAGUUCUUUUUCAUGUAUAAAAACACUUUAAUAGGCAAGCACUAAAUGAUUGACUUUAUAUCUAUUUUAAAUUUUUGUCAGGAUUAACAGAUUAAAAUUGCUAUAGAAAUUUA